AGGGCAGCCUGAUAUGACCAGCAGGCUCACCCAGUGUAGACACAGGCUGGCUGGCUCUUGGCCAGUAAAAUGUGUUUCCCUUUGCCUGGAAACCGGAAGGUGUGGCUGAGGCAGGGCACGGAGAGGAGCCUGCUCUGGACCUCUCUGGUUCCCUAAGUGCCAGGGACCAGGUCCCCCAGGGCUGAAGGAGACAAGCUGAGUGGGAAACCACCUGGAAGAACGCGUCACGGCUGAUGGCUUGAAAAGGCCUUGGGUCCUUACCGCCUACUGGGAGCCUAGGGUUCCCGCCCAGCCCUGGGACAACAGGUGUGGACCAGACGCCAGUAAAAAUGCCCGCUGCCUGAGCUUCAGACUAUGUACUCGUACAGCUGCCUGGAGCCCGGAACGGGCGUCUGGCCUCCGCUGCAGCCCCUCACCUACCCCUCCUACCUGUCCUGCCCUCUGCUGCUGCCCUCCAUCCACGCCCACAGCUGCUGCAGCCGGCGCCCUGGCCUGACCGCGGCCGAGUGGCCGGCUCCGCGGGAAUACCACUGCUUCCACGGCCCAGGCGCGCUCCUGGCGGCCGCGCCGCCCUCGUGGGCCUUCCCGCAGACCUACGCCGCGGCCCUGCGCCCGCCCUACCCCGCGCCCGGCUACCUGGGGCCGUCCCUACAGGGGCCCGCGGUGGAGGAGACGGUGGCUGCCCAGCGCGGGGCGCCGUGGCCGGAAGGCAGCAGCUUGCAGCUCGAGCUGCGAUGGGGCCGCGUGGAGCGCGCUCUGGGCCCCCGCCUCGAUCUGCCAGACGUGGUGCGCCGGGAGCUGCGGCGAGUGUACGGCACAUUCCCGCGCACCGACGUGCGCGUCACCUACAGUGGCGGCCAGUUCCUGCUUCAGGCCGCGCCGCGCGUCCCCGAGCCCGAGUACCGGGUGCAGAUGCGCGUGCAGAGGCCGCCUGCGAGCAGCGACAGCGAAGGCAACAGCCCGGCCACAGAAGCGGCGGAAAGUGGCCGCCGGAGGAAGAGAAAAGGCCAGAGCUGAGGAGGCUGCAGGGUCCGGUGGCCGGCCGCGUGAGCACGCGCGCGGCUUUCCUCCCCUGCGCGCCGCUGCCCACCCACGACCAGGGAGACCUCCGCGGUGCGCGGGCUCUGGGUGCACCUGUCACCUCUCAAUUUGCUUUUUUUUUUUAACCAAGCCUGCACGCCGCCCACCUGCUGCACUUCCCUGAUUUCUCUAUGUUAUUGCUGGAUGGCAGGGGAAGGGCGAGAAGAGAUCAAAGACAUCUUUUCUUGUUUCUCUUCCCUUCCACUUGGGCUUGGGAAGCCAGGGUGUGGGAUGGAAGAAGGGCCUGGAACCUUUGUUUCGUCUCUCGCUUCUUCUCCUCAUCUUAGAAGCCUGCCCUGUACCAAGCCCCCACUUUCCCUUUUUCCUCUCCUCCCUCUACCAAAGCUUCCAGAAUUGCCCAAGUUCCUUCCCAAGCGGAGGGUCCACCCAUCCGCAGGUUGUAGUGAAAAGUAAACAAAUGAGUGAUAGCAA